CAGAGCAACACAAUUUCAACUCCAAUAUGAUACAACACUAUCUGGCAGUACUGAUACAACAACACAGGUAUAUAUACCAAACAUCACCGGGAGAAUCUACUGUAUCACCAAUAUCCUUCUACAAAAUUCCACAGCAGAGCAAUCAACAAUUUCAACUCAAUAUGAUACAACACUAUCUGGCAGUACUGAUUCAACAAUACAGAUAUAUACUCAAACAUCAUCGGAAGAAACUACUGUAUCACAAUAUCCUUCUACAAAAACAGAGCAAUCAACAAUAUCAACUCAAUAUGAUACAACAUUAUCAGGUGGUACUGAUUCAACGACUCCGAUUUAUACAAAAACAUCAUCGGGAGAAACUACUGUAACACAAUAUCCUUCUACAAAAACAGAGCAAUCAACAAUAUCAACUCAAUAUGAUACAACACUAUCUGGCGCUACUGAUACAACACCAAUUUAUACUCAAACAUCAUUAACCGGAGAAACUACUGUAACACAAUAUCCUUCUCCAUCAUCAGAGCAAUCAACAUUAUCAACUCAAUAUGAUACAACACUAUCAGGCAGUACUGAAUCAACAAUACAGAUAUAUACUCAAACAUCAUCGGGAGAAACUACUGUAUCACAAUAUCCUUCUACAAAAACAGAGCAAUCAACAGUAUCCACUCAAUAUGAUACAACACUAUCAGGCAGUACAGAUUCAACACCAAUUUAUACUCAAACAUCAUCGGGAGAAACUACUGUAUCACAAUAUCCUUCUACAACAGCAAAGCAAUCAACAAUUUCAACUCAAUAUGAUACAACACUAUCAGGCAGUACUGAUUCAACACCAAUUUAUACUCAAACAUCAUCGGGAGAAACUACUGUAUCACAAUAUUCUUCUUCCACAGCAGAGCAAUCAACAAUUUCAACUCAAUAUGAUACAACACUAUCUGGCGGUACUAAUUCAACGACACCGAUUUAUACUCAAACAUCAUCGGGAGAAACUACCGUAUCACAAUAUUCUUCUUCCACAGCAGAGCAAUCAACAAUUUCAACUCAAUAUUAUUCAACACUAUCUGGCAGUACUGAUACAACAACACAGGUAUAUACUCAAACAUCAUCGGGAGAAACUACUGUAUCACAAUAUCCUUCUACAAAAACAGAGCAAUCAACAAUAUCAACUCAAUAUGAUACAACACUAUCUGGCGCUACUGAUACAACAUCAAUUUAUACUCAAACAUCAUCGGGAGAAACUACUGUAACACAAUAUCCUUCUCCAUCAUCAGAGCAAUCAACAAUUUCAACUCAAUAUGAUACAACACUAUCUGGCAGUACUGAUUCAACAACACAGAUAUAUACUCAAACAUCAUCGGGAGAAACUACUGUAUCACAAUAUCCUUCUACAAAAACAGAGCAAUCAACAAUAUCAACUCAAUAUGAUACAACACUAUCUGGCGCUACUGAUACAACACCAAUUUAUACUCAAACAUCAUUGGGAGAAACUACUGUAUCACAAUAUCCUUCUACAAAAACAGAGCAAUCAACAAUAUCAACUCAAUAUGAUACAACAUUAUCAGGUGGUACUGAUUCAACGACUCCGAUUUAUACACAAACAUCAUCGGGAGAAACUACUGUAUCAAAAUAUCCUUCUCCAUCAUCAGAACAACCAACAGUAUCAACUCAAUAUGAUACAACACUAUCUGGCGGUACUGAUUCAACCACAUCAAUUUACACUCCAACAUCAUCGGUAGAAACUUCUGUGUCAGACUACUUUACUUCCACAACAGUACAUUUUACUACCGAUUAUACAACUAUACCACCAUUUUAUAAAGGUUCUGAUUUUUAUUUAUGUUGUUUUUUUUUCUUUUUUGUUAUUUUUAUUAUUUUAGUUAUUCUUAUUUUUUUCUUUUCUCGUAAGUCUUAUAAUAAGAAUGUUUCUAUUUCUCCAUCUUAUGUUUCUUCGUAUUAUAUUUAA